CUCCUUAACACCCGUUAUGGAUAAUAAGGCAGCAGCAACGACGCUACAGCAAAAUACAACAUCUUCGAAACCAGUGGAUGUUGUGGUGUCGCCGGUGGUUGUCAAUAACAACAACAACAAUAAUAACAAUAACAUAAAUACCAAGAUAACAACCACCACCGCGUCCUCCAACGGUAUCAAAGAAAAUAACAGUAAUAAUAUCACAGCAACAACAACGUCAACAGCUUCCAUACCAAUUGUGGUUACCAAUACAUUGGCCAGUGGUGGUAAUACAACAAGUUCCGGUUCUUCAUCGCCACCAUUUUCAGCGGCUAUUAAAAAGGAGCCAGAGGGCGAAGCCGAUGUAAAAUUCUCGGCGGCGGCGGCUAAGCAUAAAAAAGUCGGCGGCGGCUAA